AUGGAAAAGAGCUGUGAGAAAAUCUUUGCUGUGGUGCUCUUGAAAUUCACAUGCAAAGUGGACAGGUUCCAGGUUGGAGUCAUGUCUUCAGAAAUCUUGGUGGUGGCUGCCCUGGGUCGACCUUUCACCUUAGGGACACUCUAUGAUGCUCGGAAAGAUAAACUGAUCCCAGUCAUUCAUACGCUAUUUGGUGAGACCGGUUUGUUUCAAAAGAAGGCUGAUGUUUGUUUGGUGUGUUUUUUUUUGCUUGUAGGUUUCACGUUGUGGGAUGAUGAAGUUCUGAAAGAGAGCACAGUUGAAAGCUGUCAGCCCAGCAAUGCAUUUGAAAUCAUUGCAUCUGAUUCCAUUGACGACAAGUCUUCUCUGAUGGAUAUAGAAGCUUCUCUGAAAGCCAGUUUCCUGGGCGGACUGGUAGAAGUUGGAGGAUCCGCCAAGUAUCUGAAUGAUACGAAGAAAUUCAAGAAUCAGAGUCGAGUGACACUUCAGUACAAAGCUACCACCAGCUUCAAACAGUUGAUGACUAAUCUUGGAACCAAACAUGUAGAAUAUUCUGAAUAUUUUCAGAACAUCGAGGCAACUCAUGUAGUGAUAGGGAUCCUCUAUGGGGCAAAUGCUUUCUUUGUCUUUGACAGUGACAAAAUAAAUUCUAGCAAUGUUCAGGACAUCCAGGGCAGCAUGGAAGCUGUGAUAAAGAAGAUUCCCUCGGUUGAAAUGGCGGGGCGAGGUGCUGUCCAGCUAACCAGUGAGGAAAAUGACAUAACCAACGGCUUCUCCUGUAAAUUCCAUGGCGACUUCUUUCUCACAAGUAACCCUACAACUUUUGAGGAUGCAGUUCAAACCUACCAGCAACUUCCACAAAUGAUGGGGAAAGAGAACGCUGUUCCAAUGACAGUCUGGCUCGUUCCGCUUGUACAUUUUUACUCUGAAGCACCUAAACUGAUGGCCGAUAGCAGCAGUCCAAUAUUUAGGAAGGUUCGCAACACUCUGGAAGCCAUGAGGCAACUGGAAAUGAGAUGCAACGAUUCACUGGAAGACGACAUAGUGAAGCUGUUUCCACUGCUUAGAAAGAAGUUGAGUAAUUUCCAAAAAUUCUGUAAUGAUUACAUGUUAAACCUCCGGGGGACCAUUGCCAAGAAACUUCAGUCCAUCCGGAGUGGAGGCGAAGAUGAAAGUGAAAUGCUGAAACUUUUUGAACAAAACCUUAGAUCACCAUUCAACCUCGAUAGCCUAAACAUGUGGAUGGAAUGUGUAGAAAGAGAGAUCAAUGUCCUUAGGUCCUGCGUGGAUAUUAUAGAGGAAGCAAAGCACAAGGUUGUUUUAAGUCAGAGUCAGAUGGUCAGGGAGCUCCUUGAUUCAAAAGUACAGCAUGCUGUAUGCUAUGUCUUCACCUAUGUGACAGACUCUGAUCCUUACCUGAAGGCGUUAAGUGCCUACUUGGAUUCACCUAAUAGUAGACCUACAAGAGUCAGACCACCAGCAACAGACUACUGGUACGCCUCAGACGACGUACCAAAGAUGAUGAGAGAAAAAGCCCACCUUUUCUACAACCUUGCCAAAGACAUGGACAACCGCUGUGUCCGUUUCCUUGUAGCGUCGAUAGUAAAUCCAAAGCAAGAAGGUGCAGCCAUCCACUAUUACAGGGAGGGCAUCCAGAUCAUGAAGGACUUUACACACCCUACGAUGAAUUCUGUGGAGAAGAUAGGAGACAGAAGAGAUUUGCUCUGGUAUGACUGUGAGCUCACCCUGGACCCAGACACAGCCCACCCGGCCCUGACUCUGUCUGAGGGCAACAAAAAGGCAAUGUCUGGAGAAUCAAAGCCAUUUGACAAUAACCCAGAGAGGUUCAAGCACCAUCAGCAGGUGUUGUGUGACAAGGGGCUGAGUGGGCGUCAUUACUGGGAGGUAGAGUGGUCUGGUUAUGUUUGUGCAGGUGUCACAUAUAGAGCAAUCGGCAGGAAGAAAUCGGACAUAAAGGGCUCACUUGGACAAAAUGAUGGGUCCUGGGGCUUUGACUAUAAUCCGAUUUCUGGAUACAAGCACAUUUACAAUGAUCAAAAGCUAACUGUCACUGUGUCCCCCCCUGGCUUUCCACGACUAGGAGUGUAUCUGGACUGGCCUGCUGGCACUCUGUCCUACUAUAUGGUCAACACUUACUUUGUGACUCACCUCCACACCUUCCACGCUAGAUUCACUGAGGUUGUUUAUCCAGGCUUCCUGAUUGGGGAUCAGAAGGUGAAAGGUCAGAUUAAAUUACUUUAACUCUUAAACAGUGCA